AUGACUAGUGUUGCUAUUUCAUUGCUUGGUGUCGACAAACUAACUGACGAAAAUUAUACUAGCUGGAAAAAUACAAUAAAUACUGUCUUGGUCAUCAACAACAUAAAACUUGUCCUAAUGAAGGAUUGUCCUCCAGUCCUUGGACACACUGCAUCACGAAAUGUUCAUGAUGCCUAUGAAAAAUGGAUCAAGGCCAAUGAUAAAGCUCUAGUCUACAUUUUGGCAAGCUUAACUGAAGUCUUGGCCAAAAAGCAUAAGACCACGAUCACUACACCUGAGAUCAUGGAGUCAUUACAUGGGAUGCUUGGACAACAAUCCUCACAACUCAAGCAUGAUGCCUCAAGUUCAUCUUCAACGCUAGGAAGAAUGAGGGAUCAUCUGUUAAGGAACAUGUUCUUAAUAUGA